AUGUCUUCCAACUCUGCAGCAGACUGUGUCCCUGCCAAUAUCCUGUGUAAGUGUCCUUAUCCAGGAGAAAAGCUGAGUCUGAGCUGGGAGUGGCUGGGAGGAGGCCCGUUUGCACAGCAGGCGUGCCCCCGAGUGCGGGAGCAGGCAGGGGUGCUUCCUGGGUCUGCUUAUCUUCACACAGUCAGAAGUCCAUCUGCGCAGGCCUUUUUCCCAGUCCUUCUGCACUGCAGGUUCUCACCAAGAGCAGAGAAGGAAGAGACUCAAACUCAUGGUGGCCAGACUGCCACGGGCAGGUGGGUGCCUGUGGUAGUGAUGGUGGUGGGGCUGCUCCAGCACCUGUUUUUCCAUGUGGCCAGGUUUAUGGCAGAGGUAGCCCCUGGGCUUCAGCCCCAGUACCAGUUUGGAAGGAGCAGGGAGUGGUGUGGGCUUGAAUUUCUGAAGCUGAAGUUUCCAAGCAAGUUUGCAGAUCCUGUAAUACAGCCUUUAGUAGAAUCUGCAUGGCAUGACUAUUUAUAGGAAAAAAAGAAGGAACUGAGAGUUGAGGUGUGUCCACAUACCUCCUUGGUGAUGUGCCUCAUUGAUGGCCAAGUGCUGGGGAAUGAGAAGGAGCUGCUCAAGUUGCCUUACCACGAGUGGGACUAUCGAGACUUUAGGCCCAAGGCACUUUAUCAAGCAAUUGCUGAGGAUCUACACAGCAAAUACCUGAAAAACAGCCAGGCAAGUAGCACUGCUUUACAGGAGCACGAGGUCUGUAAGGAGCUGGGGAGGUUGUCUAGGGAAAGGGCAGAUACCGAACGGCCAUUGAGGAGGCUGCUCUUCGAGGUCUUUUCGGAUGCAUGUCCCAGAACCUGUGAGAAUUUCCAGGUUCUGUGCUCCAGCGGAGCAAACUCUCUCUAUACCAUAACUGGAAAAGGAAAUGAAGGAGAGUCAAUUUAUGGUCCUACCUUUGAAGCUGAAAACUUCUCCAUCCAUCACAAAGGAAGAGGAAUCCUAGGGAUGGCCAGCAAGAGUCGCCAUAGGAACAGCUUGCAGUUCCACAUCACCUUCCAGCCAGCUCCCCACCUGGACAAGAAAUAUAUUGCUCAAGCUAGAAAACCAUUUUCUCAAGUGAUCAAGGGCAUGGACAUCCUCCAAACACUGGAAGUCGUACCUACAUAUAACAAAAGGCCUACAGUAGCCUGCAAGAUAAUUAACUGUGGGACCUUCAAUCCAUGA